AUUUGAUAUAACCCCCCAUGGGAUUGAAUCGAUUUUGUUCUCAUAUCCAUUUCCUUGUAUCGUGCGAAAUAAGAAGCGAACUCAAGCUCGUCCCCCAGCCUCGUUACUUGCUGGACAUCGACAGAGAGAAAACAAAAAAAAUCCCGAUACUUUGGCCAUCGUUCCAGCAGGCGUCGAUGAAGGAGAAGAAGCAAAAAACACACACGAUUGGCAUUGGGGGAGGAGGUAGCGAUCGGCUUAGCAGGGGCUGUGGGCUCCGAUUUUUGUUUCAAAUUCGUUGGAUCGAUCACAAACCUUGGUAGCUUAGGAGCAUGGCUUGGUGAGGUUGGGUUCCUUUUGCGUAGUUAGUUUUAAUGAAGAUGUCACUUGUGCACGUUUGGUUUUUAUUUUUCAUUGAACCCCUUUUUGCAAUAAUUUAACGAUUGAAUGUUGGUUUAUAAAAAUGGUAACGUGUGGUUUUUGGAAUGGUUGAAUAAUAAUAAUAAUAAUAAUAAAUACAGUCUUCCGUUGC